AUGGAACUGUAUGAGAGCGACUCUCUGUGGAGUAGAUGUUGUGUUUCAGCCUCCGUAUCUUGGGACCUAGACCUCCCGCCAUCUCUCCAGGAAACCAUCAGGGCCGUGCAGCAACUCUCCAGCGGGAAAGCACCCGGAUCGGACGCAAUCCCUGCUGAGGUCUACAAGCACGGAGGUCCCCAACUCAUGGAUCACCUGACUGCGCUCUUCCAGGAGAUGUGGCGUCAAGGUGAAGUCCCGCAAAAUUUCAAGGACGCAACAAUCGUGCACCUAUACAAGCGAAAGGGGAAUCGCCAAGUCUGCGACAAUCACCGUGGCAUCUCCUUGCUGAACAUCGCCGGGAAGAUCUUCGCUCGCAUCCUUCUCAACCGCCUCAAUAACCACCUGGAACAGGGCCUUCUGCCGGAAAGCCAGUGCGGCUUCCAUCGUCAUCGUGGGACCGCGGAUAUGAUCUUCGCCGCCCGCCAACUUCAGGAGAAGUGUCAGGAGAUGCGGACCCACCUGUAA